GGCGCACAGGAAACGGAGCGCCGGUCAAUUGAUGGGGAGGUAUUAGGCGACACGUGGCCAAUCUCUCUCUGCGGAAGUGCAGGUGGUGGUACGAUCUCGAGGGCGGCGAUGGCGUGCACUCUGCUCUCCACGUUUCCCAUCGUCUCUAUCGGGGUUACAUAUUGAAAAGGUUAUACAGGCAAGCGCAAGCGGAGUCGAGCCAAGCUUAGCGUUGGACGUCCUCUCGCUUUUGAAAGACUUCGCUUUUCUUCGCUGUUUUGAGCUCUUGCUGUUUCGACAUCUCUUCGCAUUACGUUCACUUAUUCUGCUUGGCCAAAGUUUUCGUGAUCGCGUUCAUUCACUUUUACACUUGUGAACAUCGAGGAGGUGACGCCUGGCACACUCGUUUGACUCAGCUAGGCAAUGCUGGCAGGAUUAUCCUGAGUUCAGGACGGGUUCACACACACACACACACACACACACACACACACACACACACACACACACACACACAGAGAGAGAGAGAGAGAGAGAGAGCUGUUCGGCGGGGUACGGUUCAGGGCAUACUCACACUAGGACUUUCCUCGAUGAAUCUGACCGGAAUUACGGCGUGACCCGUAUGUAUCCGACCGGAAUUACGUCCAGAGCGCAGUCGAAAAGGUCCUAUUGUGAGUAUGUUAUCAGUCUCGUUUGCAGUUUCGUCGUCGGCACCCAUUGAACACUUCGCAAUUCGUGCAGCAAACGACCCAUCGCGUGUAAACUGCGGUCUACGGCUGUAAGACGAACCUUGCCCCGUUUUUUGUGUUCCAGGAUGGUCGUUUGAUGGACAACCUACCUUGCAAAGAGAUCUUUUUUGUUUGAUUAACCACCUACCCCUGCAGAAAGAUGUGUGCUCGAUGAACAACCUCCCUCUACGCGCUAUUCCGUGAAAUGAUUAUGGAGAUCGACCGGUGUUUAGUCGAAGCCAAAGCGACGACGAUAAGGGGAAAGAGCGUCGUUUUCGGUGUUGGUGUUGCCCCGACCAGUGGCGACUUGCAGAGCGGCGUUUUUUCCUCCGGCCAGCCUGGCGGAUAGUUCCGGAGCGACUCGACUUGCCUCUGCGCGCGCGUAUCUCAAAAGCCUGCCGCUGCUGCCGAACCUGGUCGUUUCCUUCGUUUGGAGAUGACGAUCGAAGGUGCCUAACGAGCUAGUUUGCUGACUGAAGGCGGAGGCGAAGGUGGUGUUAAGUGAUGCUGCUGGGCGGGCGAAGGCAGGUAAGAGAGGAGUAAGAGGAGGAGGAGGAGGAGAAGGAGGGGGUUAUGUAACUUGUCCCACAGUGUCCGACGAGUUAGUCUGCGCACGCAACUGUUGAAGAGGCGGAGGGCAAGUGGUGUUGCUGGGCGGGCCUGGGCAGGUAAAAGAGGAGCAGGAGCAGCAGCAGGAGGAGGAGGAGGAGGAGGGGGUUAUUUAACUUGUCCUAUAACGCGGGUGGGUGAUAGGAGGAACGGGCGGCAGCAGCGAGAGUGCUGGUUGCGUGGAAGACGGGCUUAGAAAGAAGUGAGGAGGAAGGGAGUGAGGCCCGACCGCGAAGGUGAGUGGUAGGAGAAAGGGGAAGGGAGCGAGCAGCAUCUAGCCUCGCCGCCAUAUUUUCUGUCUGUUGUUCUCCCCUCUUGAUCUUUGUUUCGGUUGCAAAUGAUGGUACUGGGUCUGCUGAGGGAUCUCGGCAAGCGGGAUGGGCGAGAGGCGCGUGCGCCAGGCCCACGCCCUACCCCCGACUCUCUCAUAUGCACGUGGGCGGCGAGCAAAGUGCCCGAGGAUCAUUUCAAGCUUGGCGAAGCGUACGAGUAUGGGUUGGGGGAGUUGGAUGUGUGUCUUUCCGACGCAGCCGCGCAAUACAAGAUUGCCGCCAACAAGGGGUACGUACGUGCGAUGCUGAAGAUGGCCGUGUUCUAUGAGGGAGGGCGUGGUUGUCGCAGGAACUUGGAGUGCGCGGCGCGAUGGCAUCGCAAGGCGUUCGCGGCGCAGAGAGCGCUGAUGGAGGAAGCCCGACAGGAAGGGAGGAAUGAGGAGGACCGCGAGUCCUUGAUGGAGAUGUUCGCUCCAGCCAUUCAUUUUUUCCGCGUCGCCGCUCAGAACGGCGAUGUCGAUGCCCAGAUGGUUAUCGCCGAGUGUUAUGGCGACGGCCUCGGCGUUUAUCUUGACUUGCGAAUCUCCGUGGGAUGGUAUUGCCGAGCAGCCUGUCAAGGCGCGCGGCAUGCUCAAGCUAAGGUGGGUGAGCACUUCGCGCUCGGGCGCGGCGUGCAGCGGCACUUGGCCAAAGCAUGGGCGUGUUUCUGGGCGGCGCUGAUGACAGGUCCGCCGGAUGUAAGCGGUCCUUUUGACGACCGCCAUCUCGAACCGGCGAUUCGAUUUCUUCGGGAUCUGAAAGAGGACUUGAACACUGGUGCGGCUGCCAAUUUAGCCAGGUGUUACGAACUGGGACGAGGUGUACAACGAGACCUAAAUAUGGCUUUCCAGCUGUACUUGAGGGCUGCCACGGACGGCAACCACGUGGCGAUGUAUCACGUCGGCAGGUGCUAUGAGUACGGGAGAGGGGUUCCCAAACAGGACUGGACAAAAGCCGUUAUAUGGUAUCGACGAUCGGCGGAAUACAACCCAGCCGCUCUCUUUAAGCUGGGACUGUACUAUCAGACGGCGGGAGACAACAAGGAGUUUAAGCGGCACAUGGCGAAGGCUGCCGCGAUGGGUCAUCCUGAAGCCGGGUUCACAAAACCGGAUUUCUGGGAGAUUGCAGCGAGCCAAGGCCACAGGAAUGCUUACGUGGCAGGAGUGAAGGAGUGCCAGACGAUGGCCCCUGUGGUUGACCGAACCAUCCGGUUCGGGGGAUUGACAGAGGAGGAGAUAAUCGGGAUGAAGGAAGAGAUUGAGGCUUGUGAGGGCGAGGAAGGAGACGAGCGACGCCGAUGCGAGAAGACUUACAAGCUCGCUUUCGUGUUGAUCAAUGGUCUUGGUGAAGUGCAGGACGACAUCGAGGGCGUUGUGUGGUUGCAGGGAGUGGCAGGUUCGAGGGGCGAUACCGAUGGCUUAGCGUCUUACUUGCUGGGCCUUUGUUAUUCGUAUGGGAGAGGCGUUCUGCCCUCGGCCGAAGAGGCAUCCAAGUGCUUUGCUGCCGCUCAAUCUUGCGGUUUUCCUGCCAACCGCCUGAAAAAGCUCGGUGAGAAACAUGGGGCAGAGUGGUUCAGAACGGCGGGUUUGGGAAUGCAGGAGGUCAGAUUCCAGACGGACGUCUCGAAUAUUGGCAAGGGAGGGACCGCGAAGACGGAGGCAGCGCAAGCCAGCGACGUCUUCAGAUCGCACGCCAGAUGGUCGAACAGCGACACGGGGAGCGGGUAUCCGUUCUCAAACGAGCUUCAUGGGGGAUCGGAUUGCAGUGGCGGCGGCGAGGAAGGGGGGGCCGGUGAGGAACCGCCGUCGUCCCCCCCUCCGAUGCAGGGCCGUUGUGUCCGUGGGAGAAGAAUGUUGCAGCAAACAGCCGCCGGAGGAGGAGAAGGGGAAGGAGGAGGAGGGGGAGGAGGCGGAAGACGGGCUGGUGGUAUGCUUGGGCGUAUGCUGCCAGUAAGAAGAGGACGCAUGGACGCAUCAGGAGGCGAGGAGGAUGAGGAGGAGGAGGAGCGAGAAGAAUGGGAUGCGGAGGAACGAGUCAGUUCAGAUUCGCGGGGCGAGGACAGCUGGUCGGACCUUGGGUCCGGUGGUGGAACGGAGGAGAGGGGAAGGGGACGUGGUCGGAGCUCGAGACGAGGACCUCCUGAAUACGAUUUUGCUAACAGUGAUGUAAGCAAUGAUUCUGUGGGCACUGUGACCACGGCCUCCAGGAGCCAGGCUGAUGAAGAGGGGCAGGGGCGGUAUGGCCACAGCAGGUUCAUGAGGACGAGAAGCAGCAGCACUUGCAGUUUGGCACGGAGUAACGGGACCGUCAGCAUAACUUCAGGAUCCAGCGUAGAGGGGAGUAUGCUGGGAGAGGGUAUUCUAGUAUCUGAAGAGAUGGUCCCCGCGCCGGGUGAGUCUAUGCGAUACUACUGGGAUUGCGACAAAGCGCUGGAAGAUCUUGAAGAUGCUGCGCUCGUCAGGAAGAAGAUGUUGAAUCUGGUGCCGGACCUGCUCGCUGAGCUGCCGUCUGCUCCCAUGACUGGUGUGGAGAGGAGAUGGUUGGGUGCCAUGGGCACGGCGGAAGCCAUCAAUUCCCAAUUACCGCUGAAAGUUAUGCACCAGAAUCCCUCGCUGUGGGCUUUCCGCGCCUGUUUUCAACAGAUGAUGUAUGCUUCCUUUGCGAUUGCGGAGCUGGCCGUCAGGAAGGAGUCGCGUGUGAGGUCGAAGUACUCCUCAGCCACUCGUACCUUGCUUUGGGCCAGACCUCGAGAAGGCAGCUUGAUGGCUGAUUUGGCGGGCGUAAGUAAAGAUGACCGCACAGUCGGGUCCCACCGAGCUCGACUUGCUUCCGACCUAAUUGUACACUGGGCCCUGCAUUUCGGGGCUUUGGAAAGGAUCUGUGAUAGAACGUCUCUGAGGUUGGCCAUCUGCCAACGAGAUGCAAUCAUUGCUGCCGCUAAUGGGUGCAAUGGGUGUCAGCCAGUGAGUAGUGGAAGGUUUGAUGAUGUCGAUAGGGAAGGAAGACGGGACCCUGGGUUGCUCAAUGUCAUGGGGAGAAGAUUGCGGGGGUUCAUUGGGAGGAAGGAGAUUCAGGAAGAGGAGAUGGGAAGAAAGAAACGGUUGGAGGUGUGUGAUCAAGUUAGGGAUAUAGCGGUGAAGAACGUGGAACGGAUCUUGAUAGGUACAGAGAGAAGAAUAGUGUUGUUUGAGAGUGACCAUCGGGACUACGAAGGCCUCAUAGUGAGAAACUUUGUCCAGAUUGCAUUGGGUGGCGAUGACAGAUUUCUAUGACUAUAGUUCAUCGUCUUGCCUGCCCGUGGGGAUAGCUAUAGUACGACCUCGGUAUUGUCUAUUCUCCCUCCUGACUCCUGUUCGCUUAAUCAAUUCUCCAUUCCUUUUAGCGAGAGUGAAAGUGUAUAUCAGCCGAGUUCCAUGCCUGUGAUUGUUGGAAACGACUGUAGGGUUGGAGGGUCUAGGAGGCCAUGUGGUCCAGUGCACCAAGGAGUCAGUUGUUCGACGCAAGGAAGGGGAGAGAGAGAGAGAGAGAGAGAGAGAGAGAGAGAGAGAGAGAGAGAGAGAGAGAGAGAGAGAGAGAGAGGAUGGGUUUCUGCGCUGGAGAUAUCCAAGGUCCCUCCGUGUACUACUGGUAAGAGCUGGUGUAUAACAAAGGCAUCAAUGCGGAGGCUGUCUGCGUAGCCUGUUUGCUGGUGGAUGAAUCGAAGUGAAGGUCACAGAGGAUCAUAAAAGCCGGCCUGCGACUAAGCCCGAGAUUCAGAGGGAAUGUACGUUCGUGCUAGAGGAGGUUGCCAUGGGAACGUUUUCCUGUAUGUAGCUUGUGCCUGCUCAUGUUUGCCGUGAGCAGAGGCAAUUCGUUGGUCUUUCCCCAACCCUCUCAAGAGCUCGGUUGAUUUUCCUCCCUGACCCAAGAACUACCGGUAGUUAAGGCCACCGCAUUAACCGACUAAUCGUUGUUCAUUCCUCCUAUGGUGAGAGAUGGCCCUUCUGCAUCUAAACAGCGUUUGAGGAAUCUGUCAGCAUCCUUUGCACCACAGGGGACUGUUGGGCUUAUGCUAGUAGUACCACAGCAAAGCUCUUUGUCUUGGCACGUAUAUAUGGGAGAAGGGAAUCUCUUCAUAGGUUUGUUUGUAUUUAGAACCAUUAUUCUUUGCUGUUUUUCUUCCGUCUCUGUGUUCCCCCUAAUAUGAUGGUCCUGUAUUGUUUCGUAGUUAGCAUUGAUUUGUGUAGUGGAUUUCUUUACUUGUAGGUGAUUUGGGGCUUAUGAUUUUACUGGUCCCGAGCAGUUCUUAUUAGUAUGAUGAUUUUGUUGGUCGGUAGAUGGGACAGAUUGCAGGUUGACUACUGUAGCAGAGGGCCGGGUCCAUUGUCGAUAAUGGUGUUCGAGUUAAGGCGAGGCGAGGGGGGGGAGGUGCUGCCUGCUGAUGCAUGGCUUGCGAAUGCAACUCGACGGAAGUGUUGACACCAAGUGCAUCCCUUCAAUAGGAGAUGGGAUACCCAUAACUGUGGAUAAAUGACGCUGUAACAAGCAAUUCUCUUAGAGAUCCGUCGGCAUGGCUUGCGUCCAAUGCCCUAGUGACAGCUAAUUCUUAUCCCUCCCUGUCUCUGAACCGAUUGAAAUCACAUCGACACUUGGCCCGUCUCCCCCCCUCUCUCCUUUCCUUUCUUCUCUGUCUGACCUUUCCCCCGUGGCCCCUUCAGUGCUUCUCUUUCAUAGGAAAGCCUGUGGUAUUCAAACCUUCUCGAUGUUUAUUCUUCCCUGAUGCCGCUGUCCUUUAUGCCUGGCGUAUUUCCGGCCCUCAUAGUUGGACCCGAUUUAUAUAUAAUUGUUAAAUUGUUGGAUCUGGAUCAAUUGUUCCUGAUCAUCAUCAUGUAAAUAACGCCCAUCAUCGGCUAUAGCAUCCCCAUAUCUCCUCCUGACCUGUAGUUUCCAUCCUGUUCUGUCUCCCUCUUCCACCAUGCUGUCCUGCAGGUGGAGUCAUAUUUUGAUACGCAGGUGGAAUCAUAUUUUGAUAUGCAGGCUGAGUCAUAUUUUGAUAGUGAUUCGUCUUUCGAUAUCCACCCUCUUUGAAGGGUGAGAACUAUGGUCUUGCACUUGGUCUUCCCGUUCCUCUUCUUUCCAUCCAUUGCUUAUCGUUGUCCUCUUGCACUUGGCUCCUCUUCGCUCAUCCUGAAGGCUCUCACUCAUUGGUUGCUAUGUCAACCAAUAAUCUCACGGCCAAUCAUCAUUUGACAGU